CAUUCUUUUCUCUUAAAUUUUCUCGAAGGAAUCGGUAACGGUGAGCAGUUAGUGAACUCGAUAAUAAACACUCGAAAACGUAUGGAAGUUUUCGGUAGAAUUCGUCCAGAUGAUGAGUGUCGUAAACAUAUUUUGUAGCCAAGAUAAAUAAAUACAUACAACUUAAUCCGAGAUAAUCCCCAUUGUUCUCCAUAUAUAUAAUAAAAAAUACCCUCACAAUUCUCGAUAACUCGUUUUACUAUCGUGGAAUCGUUUACAAACUCUAAUCAUGACUCGGUACACAGAAACAGACACGAUGCUCCACCACAACAACUUACCGCGGACGUCUCCGGCUCAAAAGUUGAAACAAUAUGUAGUCGCAACUUUAGUGUCGGUGGGUGCGAUAUGCGCCGGCACGGUUCUCGCAUGGACCGCCCCCGCCCUCUCUCAAAUCCUUAUUCCGGAAACGGAGAACGCGACCCUCCGUGCCAAAGAGACGGGAGCACCCGGCUUCACGAUCGGCGAGAAGGAGGGAGCCAUGGUCGGAUCUAUGUUGACGAUUGGUGCUCUGGUGGCCGCUCUUCCCGUCGGAUACAUCGCCGACAAGAUCGGCAGAAGAAACACGAUUCUAAUGCUUUCCGCCCCCUUCGUGCUAAACUGGAUCCUCAUCAUUUUCUCUACGAACGUGGCAAUGGUUAUUGCGGGCAGGUUCUUUGCCGGUGUCGGUCUCGGUGGCGUUUGUGUCGUCGUUCCCAUGUACAUCGGAGAAAUUGCCGACGCGUCUUCCAGAGGAGUUCUGGGAUCGUUCUUUAACCUAUUUCUGGGCGUCGGCAUGUUGACUGCCUGCGUCGUGGGUUACUUUACCAAUUGGGUCGGUCUCAGUCUAAUACUGGCCAUCUUUCCCAUCGCCUUCGGAGUCUCCUACUUUUUCAUCCCGGAAACGCCGACAUUCCUCUGUGAGAAGCGACUGAUCGAACAAGCCGAACGGGUGCUGACCGAUCUGAGAGGUUCCAAUUACAACGUGUCGGAAGAAGUGAAAUCGAUCGAAAAAUCUAUCGAAGAGUCGCGGGCAAACAGCAAGACCUUCGCAGAGAUCUUCUCGAAUCGCGGCAACAUAAGGGCCAUAAUCUCCGUGUGCGGCGUGCUCGCCUAUCAGCAGCUGUGCGGCAUCAACGCAAUAGUUAUGUACGUGGAUCCGAUAUUUAAAGCGGCCGGCAGUUCACUCUCGUCAACCAUUGCCGGCAUCAUCCUGACUCUGGUGCAGCUGGUCUCCGCCUAUCUCAUGACGUUGCUCAUCGAGAAGGCGAACAGGAAACUCUUUCUGGUUCUCUCCUCCACCGGCAUGUUGUUGUGCAUGGCCGCCUUGGGAAUGUUUUUCCAUCUGAAAAACAUCGGUGUGGACACGUCCAGCAUCGGUUUCCUGCCGAUUUCCAGCUGCGUCCUCUACAUGAUCGCCUUCUCCGUCGGUUACGGACCGAUUCCGUGGAUGCUGCUCGGCGAACUAUAUUCGUCCGAGAUCAAAGGUCUCGGCAGCGGUUUGGGCGUAGUCACCAACUGGAUUGCCGCCUUCUUGGUUACGCUGCUCUUUCCAAUUUUAAAUUCCUCACUCGGAAAUCACAUCACGUUCUACAUAUUCAGCUGCAUAUUGGCGAGCGCCUCUCUGUUUGUCUACUUCGUCGUUCCCGAAACGAGGGGCAAAACGCUGCCUCAGAUUCAACAAGAGUUGAACAGGUGAACUGAACUAUAGGAAAUUAGGUUUUAAUUUAAUUUUAAUUCUUGAUUAAUUGACUGUGAUUUUUUUUUUUUUUUUUUUUCUAAUUAA